AAACCCAGGCCACAUCCUGUAGGGGGCCAGUGAUGGGGCAGGUCAGGAAGGCUCCUGGUUGGGCCUUUGCAUCAGCCCCAGGCUGGGUAAAAGGAGGGUCCUGCAGGCUGUGAGGAGGCAGACUUGGGGACCAUGGAGACCCAGAGGGACAGCUGUUCCCUGGGGCAGUGCUCACUGUGGCUACUGCUGCUGGGCCUGGUGAUCCCUGCGGCCACCGCUCAGGCCCUCAGCUACGAGGAGGCCGUGCUCCGUGCUGUGGAUGGCCUCAACCAGCGGUCCUCAGACGAUAAUCUCUACCGUCUCCUGGAGCUGGACCCGCAGCCCAAGGGAGACGAGAAUCCAGACACCCCAAUGCCUGUGAGCUUCACGGUGAAAGAGACUGUGUGCCCUAGGUCGACACAGCAGCCACUGGAGCUGUGUCCCUUCAAGGAGAAUGGGCUGGUUAAACAGUGUGUGGGGACAGUCAUCCUGGACCCAGUCAAGGAGUACUUCGACAUCAGCUGUGAUGAGCCCCAGCGUGUCAAGAGAUCUGGCCAUUUUAUUCAUACCCUGGGAAUUAUCAUUGGUCUUCCUCGACAUCAGCUCCUUAUAGCAUAA